CCCUUCCUCCCCCCUUCCCCCCCAGGCCGCAACGAGUUGAUCGCCCGCUACAUCAAGCUCCGGACAGGCAAGACCCGAACCCGCAAGCAAGUUUCGUCUCACAUCCAGGUUCUCGCGAGACGCAAGCUGCGCGAGAUCCAGGCCAAGCUCAAGGAUGUACCAGGGGGCUGCACAUCAGAAGAAAAUGGCGGAAUGCUUAGACUGGAUGCUGCCACAAAAGAAAAAGCACUGCAGACAAUGUCCUCCAUGUCGUCUGCGCAGAUCGUGUCCGCGUCAGUGAUGCACAACAAGGCGUCCCUUGGGUUACCUCCUCCUCCUGUGUCAUAUGCCAGUGCUUUUUGGCAAGGAGGUCUUCAGGCUGGAACAAGUCAAGAUGUCAAGCCUUUUGCUCAGUCACCCUUCGGCAUGGGCAGCGAAACAAAGCCUGGAACAGGAGGCAUGAGCGGCCUCCUACAGCCACCCCCGGCACCCUCUGUCACAGUGCCACCGUGGGAGGGAAGAUCCAUCGCCACCCAGAAGCUGCGACUUGUUGAGUUUAGUGCUUUCAUGGAGUCCCAGAGAGAUCCAGACACAUAUCAGAAGCAUCUGUUUGUUCACAUAGGUGGACCCACGACAUAUGCAGAUCCAAUAUUAGAGGCGGUUGACAUUCGACAGAUUUAUGAUAAAUUCCCAGAGAAGAAAGGAGGCCUAAAGGAACUCUACGACAAGGGCCCACAGAACGCCUUCUUCCUUGUCAAGUUCUGGGCUGAUCUUAACGUCAAUAUUCAGGACGAGUCUGGAACCUUCUAUGGCGUCACAAGCCAGUAUGAGAGUCCUGAGAAUAUGACAAUCACUUGCUCCACGAAAGUAUGCUCGUUUGGCAAGCAGGUGGUCGAGAAAGUGGAGACAGAAUACGCCCGCUUCGAGAAUGGCCGCUUUGUGUACCGCAUCCACCGCUCUCCGAUGUGCGAGUACAUGAUCAAUUUCAUCCACAAACUGAAACACCUUCCGGAGAAAUAUAUGAUGAACAGUGUCUUGGAGAACUUCACCAUUUUACAGGUGGUAACCAACCGCGACACGCAAGAGACACUACUGUGUGUAGCAUAUGUGUUUGAAGUUUCUACGUCUGAGCAUGGUGCGCAACAUCACAUUUAUCGUCUGGUGAAAGACUAACAACACGCCCCAGUGCAGCUCAUUCUAGCGUCAUGUCAGACGUUGAGCUGGCAUCUUGUUUAGCACCAUGUUCCGCAUUGCAGGAAAUGCCUUGUGAAGGAUUACAGUUGUGCCCCUAUGUAAAUUAUCUGCCUGUCUGUUGCAGUGCUGACCUCUUGCCUAUAAGUGCUCGAAUUUAAUACUUGAAAAAAACAAAAAACAAAAAUAAUUUCAUCCAGGCUCCAAGCAUCAAGCCAAAACACCAAGCACAUACUCUCACGGUUGUACUGUAUGGUCUGGCAGCUUACCCUUGUACCAGUUUGUGUUAUGUUGAGAUGUUCCAACAUACUGUGGCAGCUGUUUGCCGGGUUGCAGCCUAAAGAUGGCAAAGACAGCUAUGAAAACUCUGGUUACUUGAAAACCAUCAAAGGCAUUCAUGAUAAAGUAAAACAUGAUACUCAAGCUCAGCAGAUGUUGCUUGUAUUUGUAAAUCUGCAUGUGUUUUCUGCAAUGUAACAGCAUUAGUAGUUCAGUAUUGGUUUACUGAUGUACCAUGCAGAGUUUUUGUGAUCUGAUAUUCAGAUAAGCAACUCUGGAUGUGCACGACACUACUGUCAAAGGCAAAUGAUUUGUAUAAAACUAAACAAAACUAUUUAAAUCAUUAAAUUCACUGGACAGCUUGCCAGUGAUGUUGAUGGUUGAGCAUAAUAAUAUGAUGUACAGAUAUAUAAAUGUUGGGCUGGCAAUUGGUGCAAAUGAAGAGUGAGUGUGACCUGCCCUGUGCCUCAUUGACAAACACUCAAUGUACAGUAUAGUGUGCUGGGGUAAUAGCCCAUCCAGGUCGUCGACAUGCAAAUAUAUUGUAAUGCCUACUGUACUUAAAAAUAUAAAAAUAUAAAAACCCAAAAAAAACAAAAAAAAAAACACAUGCAUUAUUGAAUCACGCAAUGCAUAUUGUGACUAUCCAAAUGUGAACAAAGUGAUUAAAUAUUUUUGUAAUUUAUACUCAGAGAAAAUGAAAUCUGUUUGCAAGUCUAUGGUGAGGCAUGAUUGUGACAGUGUCUUUCACAACUUCAUCAUUGUAUUAUACGAUACACUGUUUCUCUCCACUUUGUACAAACUAUCAUUGAAGGCUGUUACUGCCGAAAAAAGCAGCUUCUAACGAUUGUUCUACACAUAUCGCUUCACUCUUCAAUUUUUUUCCAAUCCUCUGUAGCUUAGGAAUGUCAGUGUUAUGAACUGUUGGAUAGUCUAGUUAUCACUGGGGCUCAAGGGAUGCACGUUGUCUCCUUUCUCCUUUUAACCCGCAGCCCCGCAACGUGCAUCUCAUGUAGCCACCCGUAUACCGGUAGAAUAUUAUUAUAAUUAUUAUUAUUAUUAUUAUUAUUAAUUAUUAUUAUUAUCAUUAUUAUUAUUAUUAUUAUUAUUAUUUCUCUUUGCAAGUUGUUGACAUUGUUAGGGAAUUUUUUGUGAUCUCAGAUGUUUCUUAAUCCAAAGGCUUUAAAAGUCAGGAGGUGAAGGUAAUGGACUGGAAAGUUUGUUCCCGUUCAUUAAGUGUGCUGUUUUAGUGCCAAGACAUAUGUAUGUGAAUAUGUUGAAACAAGACCUUGUUUUCUACAGCAUGAGCAUCAUCAUUUGUAUGUUGUAGUCCUCUUUUUCUGUUUUUUUUAAUACAAAUAUGCAAAGAUUGCCAUAUUAAACAAUAAUUUGUGCUAAUUCAUAUCAGAGGCUUUUUCAUAUAGAUUAAUUUCUAAGAUUUUUUUCUUUUUUUUUCUUUUCUUUUCUUUACUGUGCCCUUUUGUUUUCAUUAUUUCUUUUUGUGGUUGCAAGCACACAAAGUGCCUUCAUUGAUUAGCCAUUCUAUUCCUUGCACUCUGAGGAUAGGAUUUUGCACUUGAGGACGGCUGUUCAUAGCCUUUCUGUUUUUCUUUUACAAGCUAUUGACACUAUGACAAUAAUAGACAAACAAACAAAAGAGAGGGAGAGAGAGAGAGAGAGAGAGA